AUGUCUUCUUCCGCUGAUGCUAUGCUCUCCGCCCUGGACGAUCUGGACAGAUGCGACAUCGCCACACUACUACAUCAUCUGCUCCCUCGCCUCGACAAUCUCGAAAAGGCCUGCCAAACACUUCUGGAAAGGACCGCUCCGAAGUCCAGCUGCCUAUUUUGCACUGUGGACGAGAAUCGUGACAAUCACCAUUUCGGGAGAUGUCCACGGUUCCCGGAUCCAAUCUCCAAAACAGCACAGGCCACAAAGCUAAACCUGUGCCUCCUCUGCCUAAAAACGGCACACGAGGACGUAUGUAGAGUGAAGUGUGGAAGUUGUGGUCUUGGCCACAAUUUCUUGCUUUGCUCCUCCAAAAGACCGCAGCCUCCCACGAAGCGACCAUACAAGAAGUACAGCUCUACAAUUCGCGUAUUUUACUUCGCAAUAUGGACAAUGAAGAAAAUAACCCUUCUCAACGGUUUACCGUCUCAUAAUGGCGUGGAGGUGACUCUGGGCGUCGAACUGCGAUGCACAGCGGAGAUUUGUCCUGCGACAGGGUCUCCCAAGCUGACAAGGAGUUCGACACAUCCGACAUUCCGACUUUCCGGAAUCGUUGGGCGACGACCUGUGGUGAAAGCUAAGCUCGCCGUGGCAUGGCUGCUUAGUUUGGGGAAAAGUCUUUUUGCCACUCCAGCGAAUACACUGCCUCAGUACCCUGCACACUGGGCCCUGGCGUCUCAUACGUCGGACGGUAUGGCGACCGGCGGUGUUGGUUUUGUUGUGCUCCCAUCUGUUGUCCAUCUUGUCGAUUCUCACGAGAUCCUGUCACCUCGUCUGGCUAUUCUUCGCUUCCGCCCUCUGCGCCAAAAACACAUCAGUAUCAUCAACUGCUACUCACCAACAACAGCAGAUGAUGAAUCCGAAUUGGAUGCGUUUUACGAGGAGCUGGAGGAAGUAAUCCGCAACGAGAAGUCCUACAAAUUCGUUGUCGGGGACUUCAACACAAAACUAGGAAAGGGUACAGAAGAGGAAUACAGGAUAGGAAGACUUGGACUAGAGGACAGAAAUGAAAAUGACAAUGGUCUCGCCGAGUUGUUGUCCGCUUCAUGA